CAAAUGAGAGCUUUGCUCGAUCAACUGAUGGGGACUGCAAGGGAUGGUACAGUGUAUCUUUGCCAGCCUACAUCAAUCUGCAAAGGAGUUGCAGAAAAGCCUCAUGUUCAUCGAGCCGUGAGUCACACAUGAUUUUUAAAGCUGUUAUGAAUAAUAACAAUCCAAACAAUUGUUUGCUUUUCCGGAAGUUGUUGUAAUUUUUUAGGACCACAACAAUGGAUAUUUAAAAUCUUCAAUGACACUGAGUUACAAUUUGGAACAAUUCUGCUUGAUCUAAGACAUUGUCCGGUUGCGCUGAAAGCCAAGGAGCUUUUGACGUCUAUUGUCAAGCAAAGAUAACAUCAGCCACCGAAAAGCUUUGCACCGAUCGUUUACAAUCUGACUUGUGUAUCAUUCCCAACUUCCUUACUACAGGUAUGGGCAAGAAAACUGUUCCCAUUUAUACUUUUCUACAGCGGGUUUAAAAUUCUGCAGCUGAGGUCUUGAAGAAUGCAGAUGGGUACAGUAUAUGUUGCAGCUCGCAGUGUGUAUAAAACAAACCCUUUGCUUUGUUUAUUUUUAUUUUUUUUCUUGUUCUUUCCAUUUUCCAUUUUUAUCAGGGACUUGGUUGGAGCCGAGUACAGACUAGGCCUAAAUCUAUUAAAAACGGCCUUCAUUUUGUAGAUGUUUGUUGGAGAUCUAGCUGACCACUGUUGCGUUGACACAGCCCAGUUAAGCAGAGUGACAGUCAGAAGACCAAGGGGAUGAGACACGGCAGCGGGUCAAGUUCACUGAUGAGCGGGUCUGCAAAAGCCAUCUCCUGAACUGCUGUCCCCAUGACAUCCUUUCUGGAACUCGUAUGGAUCUGGGAGAAUGUGCAAAGACCCAUGACCUGGCACUCCGGGCUGACUAUGAAAUCGCCUGCAAGGAGAGAGACCUUUUCUUUGAGCUGGAUGCUGUGGAUCACCUGGAGUCAUUCAUCGCCGAUUGUGACCGGAGAACGGAGUUGGCCAAGAAACGACUGGUUGAGACCCAGGAUGAGAUCAGUGCGGAGGUGGCUGCAAAGGCUGAGACGGUCCACGAGCUCAACGAGGAGAUCGGCAAGCUCCUGGCCAAGGCAGAGCAGUUGGGAGCCGAGGGGAACGUGGAUGAAGCACAGAAGAUCCUACAGGAAGUUGAGAAGGUCCGCAGCAGGAAGAGGGACGCUGAGGAGGAGUACCGGAACUCCAUGCCUGCCUCCAGCUUCCAGCAGCAGAAGCUUCGUGUCUGUGAGGUCUGCUCCGCCUACCUGGGUCUCCAUGACAACGACCGCCGCCUGGCUGACCACUUUGGUGGGAAACUGCACCUGGGUUUCAUCCAAAUCCGGGAGAAACUGGAAGCCCUGAAGAAAACCGUCUUGGAAAAGCAGGAGAAGAGGAACCAGGAUCGUCUGAAGAGGAGGGAAGAGCGUGAGAAGGAAGAGAGGAUGAAGAUGAGGACCAGAUCGCGGAGCCGGGAGCGGAGCCGGGAACAUCGAAGGUCCCGCUCCCGCGAACACAGGAGACGGCGUUCCCGCUCCUCGUCUCGGGAGAGACGGCGUUCCUCGAACUCCAGGGACCAGGAGAGAAAGAGACGCCACCGCAGCCAUUCUCGGUCCCGCAGCAAGGGAGGACGCCACAGCCACGAGCCCAGCUCCAGACACAAGUCCUCCAGGGACCGUUCGCGCGAGCGAAGCAGGAAGAGGGGAUCCUCUGAGCGGCGGCAGGACGGCAGGGAUCAGAACGGAAGGGCGGACUCUCGCAGGACAGACGACAGGGACAGAAACGGCAGGGACCGCUAAGGGCGCGCACUCUGUCUCUACAUCCAUCCUCGACACGCAACGCAAUCAUCUAUCGUCUCUCACUCAUCUCUCCGUGCAUUUAUAUCGAUUCACUCUUUGUAUGAAUCCGAAUUGUCCAGCCAUGUUUUGCUUUGACAGAUUUUCCAGCCCACUCACACUUUCCCAAGAGCUUAUAUGACCACAAAAGUAUAUAGGAUAUCAUAUGUGCAUAUAUAUUUUAGUUUUGAACAUUCAGAUAUAUCCUGGGGUAAAUGUGUAGAUGGGAAUUGUAGUUGGGUAUGGUGGGCUUGUUUAUGUUUGUGGUGAUGGCUGUUCACUACACACAUUACAUUAAAAAAACUGUCCUAAAGAUUACUUUCCUGUAGUAUUCGGUAGCUGAAGAUAGAGAAAAUAUGUGAAUAGCCUUUGAAUGAAACCCAAACUUAAAGAAUGGAGCUUUCCCAUAUUGCAGUGUUAUGAUACUGCUAUUUUUAACCUGUCAGAGUUGCUGUGUGAUUGUGACAUGCUGUAUAAUACACCUCCUGCAUACAGGUCUGGGUUGUGUUCAUAAGGCACCAAACUGAUAAUACCAGACUGAAAUGGGGAGGGACCAUGUGGACUUUCUUUUUUGCGCUGUAAAAAUUUAGCAAAAUGUGUUUUUGGUAAUUUACCUUGCUGAACAUGAUGCGGCAUAAUGUCUUGGAUUGGCUUGUUCCUGCAAAAGCUUCCCAUCCCCACUGCCUAGAGGCUAUUUCACAAGGCUGGUCACAGCAAUUUGCAUGAAUUAUUUAACUUCCACAUAUUUGUAGAAUCUGUUCUGCACAUAUCUGGCCUAAGAUUGAUCAUUCAAAUGUUGUUGUGGUCUGACUGAUGUAGAAAUCAAAUGGUUGUGACCAGUAGUGAGAGAAUGUCAGCUUGUGAGAUACCUUUUAACUACCCUACUAAAUCUGUGGCCUAUAUUAAGUCGGGAUGUUUUAUUGUUAAAGGGUUUCAAUGUUCUGGUAACUAUCCCAAAAUGUUCUCAAUAAAUCCUGUUUGUAGGAUUUCAGAUUUCCGGAUUAUUCCCUCUUGAUUUCAAACAGGAUUACAGGGAAACCUAUGAGUUUGGCAAAGGUUAGGGUUAGGUGCAUUUUUCAACCCUGGAGGGUUUAGAUGAUAACGAGUAUGGAUAGAGUUGUUAGAUUUGUUUUAUUGUCCUUUGUGUUUACGAAUGGUGGUAAGCAGAGUAUGUAUGUGAAUGUUUUAUUUUAUAUUCAAGUAACCGCCCCCUCUACUUGAGAAUGCCCAGCGACUUGGAUGGCUUUUCUUCAUUUUUGAAACCUGCACCCUGCGCUGGUCAAAUAACGCAUGUUUAUCUCCGCUCACAUACUCUGGUGUCUAACUUUUUUUUUAUUGACAUUUUUCCAGGUUUUCACAUUAUAAAUACAAAUAUUAAUCCUUCUCAUAGUCUUGGCAUGGGAAGUGGUUAAGUCUGCCUUUUGUGUAGACGCAGACUUUGCAUGUCUCCUAUGUGUCUCUUAGAAAAUAGUUUUGGAUUGGAAAUGAAUUUUCCAGGCUUGUUACCUUGGUAUGCUGCUACCUUACCCUGGUUUUAGCCUAUAACAAUAUUAAGCACAUUACCAAGCUUACUACCAUUUCACAUUCAAAUAUGUUGAAGUUUGUACUUUUUUUUUUUUUUUUUUUUUUUGUGAUCUAUGUAUGUCAGUCAGUUGUAAGUCUGAUGCAAACGUGGACAUGCAUUGCUUUUCCUAAUUGUCUGUAGACUGUCAAGCCUUUGUAUGAUUUUGCUGGGAGAUUAUUUUGUCUUUAAACUUCAAUAAAAUCCCAGUUUUUGAAUUA